AUGGCCAGACGUUCGAGACCUUCGACUGCCAUAUUCAAAAAAGCAACAUCGUUACAGAAAGCUGAUUCAGCGGAAAUCCGCCGUACGAACAUUUACUCGUCGUCAAUUUUAAAAGCCCGUGCCGAGAGUAUUGAGCGACUUAGCAUUGAGGAACCCAGAACUUGCCAACAGAGCGGUGCGAGCGCCUUGUAUACAGAAUUAAAAGUUAAAAAUGAACAAUUGACACCGCAUUCCCAUGUCAUUGAGACGGCGCAAAAAUGGUUGAAUUUGGAGGGGAAAAAUAAUCGUAUGCAUAAAUUCCCUCUAAAAACCAUUUUACCGAAAGUUCAAAUGACUCGUGUAGUGCUAAAGAAGCAUUUGCCCCGUGAUGUCGAAGUAGAACGUCGAAGGAAGCAAUAUGCAAAAAUCAAUUUGGAAGCAGAAUUUGAGAAAGCAAGCUUGACUGCAAGCGAGUUAAUGCCCACCGAAGAACAAUAUUACAUACUAUCAGAGAAUGCUUUUGAGCAUUUUUUGCCUUUAAGUUUUUUUGAUGACUCCAAUUAUGAUACACAUUCCCCCACAGCCUGGCUAAAAUUAGGACAAAUUGAAAGUGGCGAAUUUUACCCUUUACCCGCAAAGGCAUUCCUGCCGGUAAAUCAGAGUUUAAUGGACUAUCAGUGGCAAUUCGCAGCUAUCCAAAGCUAUGACGACGACACUGGUAAAUGGACAGCUAUGAACUUAUCAGAUGAGCACGUGUAUGAAGUACCUAAAGUACAAGUCAUGUUUAUGGCCGAAAAUCCAUAUAUUUUUGUUGAGCGCCUGAAGAAAGCCGUGCAGGUACGUAAUGAGGCCGAGACUGUUAUCAUGCUGGAAACCAUAGUUGACUGCGUAAUGCUACAAGAUUUAAGCGAGCUACGUAUUUAUCCUAAUAAGUUGGUGGAUAGGCUGAUGAGUAAAGUAAAAACGGAUCCUACAUUUUUUAAUCAACUUAAUACGGAAAUCUAUUUAGUUUUCGAGCAUUUAAUGGCCUGCUACGAGUUUGAAAAGUUCGUUAAAUUGCUGCCCAAGGAGUUUCCAAAAUUUACCGGCGACGUAAUUCGAAGUUCCUUGCCAAAGGCAUUUCCUUCAAUACUCAGCGACAGCGAGCGACGCUUGGUUAAAAGUUUAGAUAUAAAGCUAAAACAAAGGCGUACGAGCGUCUUAACAUAUUCACUUUAUUAUACUAAGGGUGGCAUAGAAGCUAUGCAGAAUGUAACUCAGGAAUGUAAACAUAUUGAAACGAUGACGUUAUUUUUGAUUAAUUUUGCAAAGCCUUUGUUUUUAAAUGAUUUCCUGCAAGCUCAAGAUCAAAACAGUUCACAUGUUUCUAAUUAUCUGAAGUCGUUUUGGCCUUCAAAAAUUUCCGCAGGCGUGACAAUUGUUUUAAGAGCCUUAGGUAAAGGCUGGUUGGACAUAACUCUGGACAAAUGGAGCGUGUAUCAAAUGUGUAAGAUUUCUCGCUUUAUUCUGCAAGUAAAAUUCCGCAUGCAAGAAUCUAUGCAUGUUUUAUUGGAGAAAUCGAUAUCAAAUUUCACGCAAUUCCUUUGCGACCCUUGCAUGCAAAUGCUUAACAUUUCCAACGAUUACAAAUGGACGAACAAUUAUAUUGAGACUGAAUUUCCGUUUCCUAAAGCUAUCUUCAGCUUAAUAUUGAGUGUGUCAGAAGACGGAAAAGUUGUAUUCAAUACGAAUCCGGAAGAAUUUCAAGUCGCAAUGAAAGAAAUAUUCAAAAAGAGUUUGGAAAAGACAAACGCAGUGCGUUGCAUAGACGCGGAGACAUUGAUCAAUUUAAGAUUUGCCCCCAAUCUUUUCAUACUCACUGUCGAGCUGAUAGAAGAAUUGUAUUUGGAAUGUGAUGAGCUUAUGCAGAGAUGUUAUGCAAAGGCGGUUAUACCACUAAUCUCUUAUUCCCGUAAAUAUGAUCAUUAUGUGGAUUUCUACCUGCUUAACGUGCAACAGUAUAUGCAAAAUUACAAAGCAGCGAAAAAGUCUUCGAUGCAAGUUAAGACCGAUAUUUUGGAACACAAGCGUCAGAAGGAGGAACUACGUGUCACUUUGCCGCCAACCAUAAUUAUCGGCCCAUUUUUAGUUAUAGUUGAUCCGAUGAAACAGCAUAUGAUACGAAAAAGGAUAGAAAUUGUUAAAAAAAUUUUUGAAUAUUAUGUAGAUCGUAUGUAUGAUAUCAACGAACAUUUGAUAGAACGGUGUAUGGAUAUUUAUAAUAAAAUACAUGAACGACCACAAAGUAUAGAACAUCUGUACGAUAUACGAGAAUUCGCUCAAACAGUGCCCGAAGUAGUGGAUCAGGUUAAAGCCGAUACACAAAUUAUGGUCCUGGAAUACGACAUGUUAGAUUCUUUUUUCUACAAUUUGCCUGAUCAUCAAUUUGCUAUGAAGUGGGAGGCUGUUGCUUGGCCAAGGACUAUCAUAGAGCGAUUGUCUACGUUAAGAGAAGAGCAAAAAGUCGACAUUGAAGAUUUCAAGAGACUGCACUUAAGCGAAUGCAUUGGUUUCGAAGAACGCCUAGAAUCAUUAAAUGACGAAGUUCAGGCCUUCUCGCUAAUGUUCAUUCCUGAAAAGGUGCUGGAAACAGCUAAUGACAUUAAGAAAACAUGGAGAACUAUUAAGGAUUUGGAAAAAUUGGGUGAAACUCUCAGCUAUCGUCAAGAGCUUUUCGAAUUGGAGCCAUUAUCAUUGGAUUUUCUAAACAGUAUUAUUGAGAGUUGUACCCCAUACAAGAAUCUUUGGUACAGUUGUCUAGAUUUAGUCAAAUUAGAAGAGGCCACUAUUGGCAAUCCGUUGGUUAACGUUGAAGUGGAUGAAGUUUGGAAAUCCUUGGAGACUAUAAAAGAGUCCCUGGAAAAAUCGUUAAUAGUGUUUGAAGAAAAACCGGAAAUACAAGAUGUGGCCACUUACUUUCUAGCCCAAUGGGAUAUGUUUAUACCUAAAGUUAGAGCCAUUGAAGAUAUGAAAAAUGAAAAUUGGCUUUUCUUGCAUUGGCAAGAAUUAGCAAAUCGUUCUGGUUUGGAUAUUAAAUAUUCUUUGGCUAUGAAUUUUCAAUAUCUGAUGCGCAAGGGUAUAAUGGAUCAUUUGGACUUGGUUCAUGAAAUUGCAGUAAAAGCUGUAGAUGAAGCAGAUGCCAUACGUCUGGCUAUGGAAGAAGAGGAACGACGUAAGGAAGAAGAACAGCAGGCUUUAAUUCUACGCAAGGCAAUGCGUAAAUGUCGCACAGACAUCCUGUAA